UUAGAUAACUCCGUUUACUAAAGGAAGAUGGCUCAGAAUUUUUUCAUUUCCCUACUUUUUUGUUUAUUUGUUAUUGCUUGUUGUAUAGCAGACAGUCCAAAAGAGGACGUGAAGGUUGAUGAUGAAAAAGUAGAAUAUGCGAAGGGAUCUGUCUGUGGAUACUGCAGUUACUGUAAAUUCUGUAAAUUGUGUGAAAAAGAUUGUCCAUGUGAAACAAGUGCAUCAAAACCCAACUGCAAAAUGUGUAAAUACUGUAAAUACUGUAACCUGUGUUCUGCAGUCUGUGAUACUAUAUGUCAACCAGGAGGAAUUUUAGAUAAAGUAUCAGCUGCUAUUGUGGGUGCUCUACCUAGUCACGAUCCUGAUGAAAUCAACAAAGAUAUAGAUUCUGUAAAGGAAUAUAUUGAUAGGAAAGAUGAGCUAUAAUCCAAGAAACAACGACCACUGCAGCAGUCUCCUCAUAAUUUCCUACAUUUUGGAUAUUAUUCAAGAAACAAGAACAAAGACCUGGCAGCAGUCUCCUCGUCAUUUUCUACAUUUUACUUUACUCUUGUUUAAAACUCUUUUUUCUAACAGUGAGUUGUCUCCGAUUGUUGCAGUGGUGUAAAUUUUGAAUAAAUACAAUUACAUAGAAUUUUAUAGAUUUUGGAAAUAUAAAUUAUUCAGUCAAAUGCAGAUUAAAAUAAUUGUAGCAAAAAAGAAAAAUAAGCACAGUCUGGCUUCAUAGGGGGGAAAUGAUUAAGAAAGACAAUAGAAUGAGUCUAAAAUUUCUGUAAAUAACUAUCAUAAUGGGAGAUAACUCUUAUGCUUCAUCCUUUUUUUAUCUAAUGCAUAAUGGUUACUGGUUUUAACUGCAUACAUCAAAAUAUUGUGAUUUGUUGAUCCUAAGCAGUUAAUUACAUCUUUGUUUAUUAUUGUGCAUGAAAGACUAAGUUAUCUUGGAACUGGUUCUUAUUGUAGUGAGACUUUUUUAAGUAGAUUUUUUUUUUUUUUUAGAUAUUACAAAAAGUUUGAGGAGAUGGAUUUUUCUUAUAUUUAUCUGUAUGUUAGAUCUUUAUCAAAGACAUAAUAGUGAUUCCUCUGUUAAUUUUGUGAAUUCUGAUUCUUAUAGAUUACUAAUGAUUAUUUUCAUGUUGUUCAGUCUAUUUUUAGAUAACUGUUUAUAUGGAUGUCAUUCCAUAAUAAGAAGAUUGUGAAGUACUGACUAAGUCACAUGUAUCAAAUUUUUAAUUUAAUAUCAACAUUUUGAUUUACAUCAAAGUAUACACUUCAAUUUGUACAUAUUUAAGGAUGAAUUGCUCCAAAAAAUCAAACAGCAUUUAUAUGAAAUGAAAUGGUUUUAAGUGUGUUCAUAGCUAUGGAAGAUUUUAUUUCCUGUAUUUAUUCAGAUGUUUAUAUUGAAUGAUGUGAUCCUAAUAGUUUUAUAUGACAUGAAAUUAGUGUGUAAAAGUGUAUCUGGUGAACUUAAGUCCCUCAAGAGUUGUCUAACAUGAUGUUUAAGUGUAUGCUUUAACUAUAACGGAUUGUGCAGGAUCUAAUACUAAUAAUUCAGAAAUUAUUGCAAACAUUUAUUAUUGCCAUAUUUGCAGAAUAAACAAAAAUGUGAGUUUAAUUAUUACAACUGAAGAAAAAGCUGCAUACAGAUGGCAUGUGCAUUUGAUGCAAGUUAUUAAUAUGGUUAUUUGUUGGACUAGUCUACUCUUACAGUACUAGUAGCAAGCAAACCAAAUAUAUUUCCUUUGGUUACACACUCAAUGAAGUCAGCUGUAAAAAGUUCACAUUAAUCAAAAUUUGCAAUCAUUUCUGAAUUGCAGUUCUGAACAAUGUUUUGAUCCUGAUUCCGUAUUUGUAGAUUAGUAUUGUGUUGUGAUCUGAGUACAUUCCUAAGAUCUGCUGUGAUAAUCCAUCCAUUAUACUGUGGAUUCAUUUUUAUUCGUUGGAAACACAUUUUUCGUGGGUUUUGUGUGUACAGGUGAACCAUGAAAUCAAACGAAUAUCAUAUUUUCAAUAGGCUUUGUAUACAGAUAUUGGCAAAAUCAAAUAUCCAUGAAUAUGCAAGUUUUCAGCAAUCCAUGCAAAUUGAUACCCAUGAAAAUAAAUGAAUCCACAGUAGAUCUUUUAUAUUUAUACAUGUAGUGCUGUCUAAUGACAAGUCUGGCCUUUUCUACAAACAUACCAUAUUAAUUCUAUUCAAAUCAACACUUCUUAAAUUCAUGUAUAUGAAACUCAGGGCCUGGUUGCACAAAUGUCAUUAUUGUUUGAUAAGGUUUAAAUUGUUGGUGUUGUUAACAGUUGUUGUAUUUGUUUAUGGUUUAAUUAAAUUUAAAAAUUAAAUUGUUCUUCAAUGUGAACUGACAUUUAGAAAAACUCAGUCCAGAACAACACGAAAUAUUUAUUCACAAUUUGACUUAUAACUUUUAUCUUCAAUCACAUAUUCAUAUAAGACAAUAUGUUGUUUAUUUUGAAUUUACAACAUAACAAUAUGCAUUAUUACAGCUUGCCAUUUUGUUUAGUUUAGAUUUUUUCAUUGAUGAUUUUUUUUUUUUUAUAAAUUUAGACUGGUGAUUGUUAAAUAUUUUUCUUAAUCUCUUUGGUUAGAGAUAAUUUGUCAUACAGUAUUCGUUAUUCUUCAUUGUUUUGACAAUUUUAAUUUCUAUUUACUAUUUAUGUUUCAAAAAAAUAUCAAAAUGUGUAUGCAUAUUUUCUUACUCAAAACAACCAUAAUUUUUGGCUUAAUUUAAAAAAAAUUGUUAUUUACAUAUUGCAGAAAUAACUUGCAAGGAAAAAAGUCUAUCAUGCAUUACGGUGUAUAUUGAAAUAUUAAGGGGUGCCAAUCAAAAAACUUUUGUCACAAAUGGUAACAGAAUUAUUUAGGUCUUAAUGAAUAUAUAACAAACUAUUUAUCUAAGUGACCAAUAGCUGGAUUUAUAUUUAUAUACUUUAUUUUCAUUUGUUCAUUAUUUUCUAUUUUUAUAGUGUAUGUCACUGUUUGUAUGUGAAAUCCUGAAGAACAACUAACGUGUGUUAAUGUGAUGUAACAUGGAAUAAAAAGUUCUAACUAG